ACCCGGGCCCCGCCCCAGAGGCUUUAUGUGGUGAAGGUCCGGCGCCCGCUCGGAGCGGCUCCCUCCGGCCCCCUCGCUCUUCCUCUGAGCGGCGAUGGCCUCCUCCUCCUCCUCCUCGUCCUCCGCGGCGGUGCUGCUGCUCCUUACCCUCGGGGUCGUCGCCCUGGCCGAGCCGGUUCACUUUCUGGACUGCGGCUCUGCAGUUGGAAAAGUUCAAGUGGUGGAAGUGAUCCCCUGCUCUGUUCAGCCCUGCAAAUUGCAUAAAGGAGAAUCCUACAGUGUCAAUGUCACCUUCACCAGUGAUGUCUGGUCUCAGAACACCACAGCUUCAGUACAUGGCAUCAUAUUGGGGGUCGAAAUACCUUUCCCUAUCCCUGAGCCUGACGGGUGUAAGAGUGGCAUUACCUGUCCCAUCGAAAAAGGCAGGACCUAUAACUACUUGAACAAACUGCCAGUGAAGAAUCAAUACCCCAAUAUGAAAUUGGUGGUGGAGUGGAAGCUUUUUGAUGACAAGUCAAAUCUUCUGUUCUGCUGGAAGAUCCCAAUAGAAAUUGUGUAAGCUGAUGAGCUACACUUCAGCAAUAUGUUUGUCUCAGGAUGAGGGGGGGGGGGGUGGGAGUUGGGUUAUUGGGAAGGGAUGGAACCUGAAACAAGCUCAGUGCCAUAAGAAGAAGGGGAUUUCCAGCGUGCUGCUUUAUACAUCCAGACCCCACUCCCUGCAAGAUCAAGAACCGUGCAGUUGCAGCAUGUGAGCCCAGAGGGUGCAAGUGUGGACUGUUGUCAGCAUUUUCUGCAGUUGGCAUGGGGAGGGCCCCAGAGGAGGCUGACCCUCAGGGAUGGCUGUUCUGAGAUGUCUAAGAAGUUGUCACUGGGUCAUGGGACUCAAUUUCCAAACUGUGGUGAUGCAGGGUAGAAUGUCAGAUCUCUAAGCUUUUCAACCUAAGUGCCUAAUUGUGAGUCUUAACAUUCCUGUCUAACAUCUUGUGUGACCACUCCCUCACCUCAGUUCCUAUGUCUGUCAGUGCUUGACUGUCAUCUGCCUCCUUCCACCACAGAGUUGCCGGGAGCUCUCUAUGGAUGAAUGGCUGUUGGUCUCAGUUGGUGUCAGUUGUUUCUGCUUUAAGUCUGCCUUAUGUAGCUUUUACUGAACAAAUGGAUGGUUUGGGGUUUUUUUUUUUUGUACCAGUUUGUGGUGAAUGCGCAGCAGCACAUAUCAGCUGAAUCUGUCUUUUUUUAACCUCGUGAACUUGCAAAUUCUUAAUGUACCUGGAAAUUCCUUUGAAUAAAGUCUUUAUGAAUUUUGCCUCUUC